AAUUUUUUUAUGGAACAAUCACUUGGUCAUUAUUAAUUGUACUGGCUACUGUCUCUUAGUUCUAACUAACCAAACUCUCUAUCUCUCUCUCUUUCUUCUCUUUCUAUCAAUAUCUCUCUAACAAAGAAGUGUGAAGUCUGAAUAUCGAGAUGGGCGAAAAAAACGCAUCUCCGGUAGCAGUGAAGCGAGUAUCGAGAUGGGUUCGAAGUCGAUCGGUGAGAGAACAAGUAACCAUGGCUGUGAUUACAGCAUUUGUGUUGCUAGUGUUGUUGAAACUUUUCGUAAAAAGUCAAACUUAUUUGUUUGUUGCUUCUCAAGUUGCUCAUUUUACUGGAAUCUUACUCUUAAUUUACAAGCUCACCAUCACCAAAACUUGUUCUGGUCUAUCAUUGAAGUCCCAGGAGCUUACAGCAAUAUUCUUAGGCCUGAGAAUCCUAUCUUCUCUUGGAUUCUUACGCGAUGUACACGUUCUGAUUGAUUCUCUAACCCUUCUAUGUACUCUCUGGGUGAUCUAUAUGAUGCGUUUCAAGUUAAAGGACACCUACAUGAAAGAACUUGACAACUUGCCUUUGUAUUAUGUGCUGGUGCCCUGUGCCAUCGUUGCAGUAAUUGGUCAUCCUGGAUUGAAAGCUAGCUUGGUAUUAGGAUUCGUGUUUGUGUAUUAUAUGACAGUUGAAGCCGUUUCAGUACUCCCUCAACUUCAUUUAAUACAAAAUGCUAAGAUGGUUGAACCAUUUACAUCCCACUAUGUAUUUGCCUUGGGUAUCUCAAGAUUUUUCUCGUGCGCAAAUUGGAUAAAUUUGAUUAUUGAUAGCAGGGGAGCAUUUCUGACCCAAAUAGGGUCUGGUCAUCUUUAUAUACUGGUUGCUCUACUCGCCGAGGUGGUUCAAACUUUCAUCUUGGCUGACUUCUGCUACUACUACGUCAAGAGUGUGAUGGAGGGACGGCGCAUGAUGAAGCUACCUUCAUUUGUGUGAGAUAUAGGAUGUGCUGAGAGCUGCAUCAAUAAACUCUGUUUAUGGAAAGGCACAAGUUUAUCUGUAUAACUCAGUUUCUUCACGAAAUAAAGAAAAGAAAAAGAAUAAGAUUUUGUUUCUCAUAAUUUGUGGGUAUGGGAUUCAAAACAUUGUAUGCUCUCAGUGAUGGAUUUUUCUGGUAGACGUAUGGAUUUCGACUUCAUCAACCAUGUAUAAUCAGUGAAAAAGUCAUCAUCCUAUCUAUAUAUUGUAUGCUUCAUUGUAUCA